AUGGCACAACAGUAUGGUUAUGCUGGGCAACCGCCUUAUCAGCAGCCAGGUUAUCAGAAUGGAGGAAAUCCAUAUCAGCAAGGUCCUCCAUAUCAUCAUCCUCCUCCUCCUCCUGGUUUCAAUCCUCAAGUAUUCAUGCCACCACCACCGAUGCACCCUGGUUUUGAUGCAUAUGUCGAAAGUGAAGGUGUUAAGUCGGAUUUUGGCUUUAAUUCGGCAUCUAUUCGAGCAGCUUUUGUCCGAAAGGUUUUCACACUUGUUGUGAUUAUGUUAACAGUGGUAACAGUGAUGACUGCUAUACCAUUCCUUCAUCACGGAACAAUGAAGUUUGUGCAAAGUACGCCGUCAAUGUAUUUUGGGAGUUACUUCAUAUUUUUGAUGGUUUAUAUCAUGUUAAUUUGCUGUGAAAGUGUGCGAAGAUCAUUCCCGGGUAAUUUGAUUGCGUUAAGUAUCUUAACAUUAUCGACUGGUUACAUGACCAUGAUGAUUUGUUCUUUUCACGGACUGGUUUCGGUAUUACUCUGCUUGAUAAUAACAGUCAUUUGCUGUUCCGGAAUCAUCAUUUUUUCUUCCCAGACGAAAUAUGAUCUUACAAGCAUGUAUGGCAUAGUAUUCAUCAUUUCAUUGGUCAUAAUGGUUUUUGGUAUCGUUGCAGUUAUUGCUGCCAUUGCAUUUCAUGUGAGAUGGUUGUAUACGGUUUAUGCUGGACUUGCUGCACUGCUUUUUAUGGUUUAUUUGGCUAUUGAUAUUCAGGCAAUAAUGGGAGGGCGAAAGCACGAAAUUUCUCCUGAAGAUUACAUAUUAGCAGCAGUUCAAGUUUUCCUGGAUAUUGUUUACAUCUUUUGGAUGUUGCUUACACUAUUCGGCUCAGACAACAACUGA